CCUGUAGGAUCAGAGCCUGAUGAGCUGAUCCUCUCACUCAAUAAGAAUCUACUGCGUUCUCUGGAGGACGAAGGAACAUCCCCCAAUCCCAGUGUGCACCUGGCCCUGCGGCUGUCCACUCACCACAACCUUGGCAAGGAGAGUGAUCACCUCAAUGCACUUAAAACAGAUUUACACAAUGACAUUGAGAGGUAAAAUAGCAUGUUUAUAAAGCCCUUCUUAAUAAGUGCAAACAUCCUUUUAUGCAUUCCAUGUCUUAAAAAUGACCUGCAGUGUGUUCGUACUCAGUUUUUUGUUUUCAGUUACAAUUCAUACUUCUAAGAUUUAUAUUGAAUAACCUUUACCCUUCAAAAACCUUCCGUCUCUGCCCCUUACCCUGUAUCCUCUCCUUUUAGCUCUCUGGCCAACAGCCAGCCAGUGGUGGGUCGCCUGGCCCUGUACACUCUGGCCCUGAAGGCCUCCUGCUACGACCUCAACACCCUGACCUUCACUUUUAACCAGAGGAGCGAGACCCUGCUGACUCAUCUCAAGAGACAGAUGGAACUGGAGAAAGAGCACAUCGCCUGUAAGCCUCCUCAUUCCUCCAUCUGCCUCUACCAUAUUCAUUAAUGUUCUAUAAAAUGUCUGUAAUUCUUUGUUUGUUCUCAGUCGCUGUUAAUUAUUUUGUCUGCUAUGUUUUUGUCUGUCUUUCUCUCCUGCAGUCAGCCAGCGUCCUCUGACUAACUACUACCAGUAUUCUCUGGGCGUGCUGGCACUGUGUGUGAGUGGAGUUAGAGUCAACUCUCACGUCAGCAACAAGCUCAUCAGGGCUGUAGAGCAUGGACAUAUCAAACAUGAAGCCUCCGAUUGCAUUGGUAAGUGUGACCUAGGAAAUCCAGGAGCAUCUCCCUACUCUGAUUCUGUUUUCCUAUAGUUAAGCUGUUUAAAAAUGUAUUCACUCACUGGCUCCUUCCAAUUAGAUUCUAUAUAGGUGAUUUCAUGGAGAUGAUGCUAUACCCUUGCUUCAUCCCCGCUGUCCUUUUUUAGACACGUUUGCCAUGGCUGGGAUGGCCCUGCAGUGCCUGAAGGAGUCUGACACCCAGGUGCAGGAUGCGGCUCUGGACAAGGCCCUGGGUGUCAUCAAGCAGAAGCUACUGGACUCCCAGCGGGCUGAUGGUCACAUGGGCAAUGAGUUCAGCACAGGCCUGGCAGUGCAGGUAAGGACUGGGCCACUUCCCCUCUCUAGGCCUAUAUUAACCUGUGCAGCAUUUGCGUAUGUGAUUGGAGCAAUACAAGCAUUUGGCAUGCCAAUAACAUGGUGUGUCCCAGGCCCUGCUGGCGAUGGGCAGCCACGUGCAGGAGUGCGCUACCUCCAUGGAGGCCAUGAGGUCAGAUGUGAGGAAGGGAACCUAUGUCAACGCCAUGGCCAUGUCCCAAACUCUGCCUGCUCUCCAGCAACAAUCCUACCUGCAAGUCAAGGGCAAGGAGUGCCGCAAUGAGGAUGGCAAGUGCUGCAUUAUCACCUAACCCAAUAGUGGUCAAUCUGUUUUUGAGGUGUGAGCCUCCUCACUCUGACUGACUCUGCUUUGUUGGGUUUUCCUCUGCAGACAGUCUGGUCCUAGAGGCAAGGGAGCCAGUGAUGGUGUUACAGAGUCAUACCAAAGUAGCCCUGAAGGUGGAGGUGGUCAAAUCGCAUGGGACAUCUGAUGUCUAUUCUGUGGAUGUGCCAACGGGCACCUCAUUGGUUGAUGCCCUUGAAAUCCUUCAAAAGAACAACGUUGACUUCACGUGAGUUAAUGGGAUGCUUUUUUGGGUUGAGACGUUAAUCAAGUUCCAAAUUUAUACUUUUUGGUGAGAUCAUUUGUCUCAUAAAGAACUUUAUAUAACUUCCCAGUGGUGUGAAUAGCUUAAAGUGUCCUAUCAUAAGUAGAACAUAAUGAAUUCUCCUCCUUGCUCCGUCCUCUGCCUACACUGCAGGUUUGAGAAGGAGACCAGCCUGUGGGGACCUUUCCUGAGCGUGGUGAAUGGGGAACGGGCUAGACAGACCGACCGCAGAUACUGGCACCUCUCCUCAGACGGCAACACUCUCAGCCAGGGUGAGAACACAAAGGGUUAUGUGGCAUAGUCAACACAACUUUCUUAUGUCGUUACUAGUUAUUACUCAACAAUACAAUUCAUGUCUUAACUGCUUUGAUCCAAACAUUGAUUUCCUCACUACUGCUACUAAAAAUCAAACAAUGAUUGGUUUCUCUAUUAGGUAUCAAAGACUUCAAGAUUGAGAUGGCUCAACAGAUCACCAUCAAAAACACCAGCUAC